AUGACAUCUAUAAUUAUACUUCAUGCUCUCUCGGGCUUCCACGACGAGUCUCCACAGUGCUACUUGCUUCAAGUAGAUGAAUUCAAGUUUCUGCCGGACUGCGGUUGGAACGAGUACUUUAGUUUACAAGCCGUGAAAGAAAUGAAAAAAUGUGCCAACCAAAUUGAUGCAGUUCUACUCUCGUAUCCCGACUGCAACCACUUGGGUGCUCCUCCAUACCUGGUUGGACACUGUGAACUGAAAUGCCCCAUAUACGCUACCGUGCCUGUUUACAAGAUGGGGCAGAUGUUCAUGUACGAACUCUUCCAGUCGAGGCACAAUAUGGAUGAUUUUACUCUAUUUUCACUGGAUGAUGUCGAUGCUGCAUUCGAUAAAAUUGUACAGCUCAAGUACAGUCAGACAGUUGCACUAAAAGGAAAAGGACAGGGCUUAUCCAUUACUCCACUCCACAUGAUUGGUGGUACAAUUUGGCGAGUAGUGAAAGAUGGCGAAGGGGACAUCCUGUACGCUGUUGAUUUCAAUCACAAGAAGGAGAGGCAUCUCAACGGUUGUAUUUUGGAACAGAUAUCUCGACCCUCGCUACUCAUCACGGAUGCCUUCAAUGCCACCUACACACAGGCGCGGAGACGAAAGAGAGAUGAGCAACUCAUGACAAACAUCUUACUCUAGACUCUCCGAAGGGGGAACGUGCUCGUCUCUGUAGACACAGCUGGAAGAGUGCUGGAACUGGCACAUAUGCUGGAACAACUGUGGCGUAAUCAUGACUCUGGCCUGAUGGCUUACUCCCUAGCACUGCUGAAUAAUGUCAGCUACAACGUCGUAGAGUUUGCUAAGUCUCAGGUGGAGUGGGUGAGUGACAAGGUCAUGCGGUCCCGGACAUGGUACCACACAGUUCGUUCUGUUUCCGGGGACUCGGCGUAUCGUCGGCUUCCGUGGGCUCCACCUCACGACAUUCGGUGGCCACGUGGACGGUCGUCGACACGCCGUCGGGUCGCCCGAUCUCAUAUCACGUGCACCAUGGACGAGACAGCUACAUCCCCUGCGGGGAUGCGACCCUUCGAGGAUCCCACAACCGUUCCAGGCCAGGACCCUGGAGGCGCGACACCCGGCGGACCCUCCAAUGCCACUGUCGGAAGAGGAGAGACGUCUUUUAUGCCCCACUUGCCAGGUCCCCGAAAUACAUCGCACCACUCCCCUCAAGAGUGCGCUACACCGCCAGAGCCAGAGCGACGGGGGUGCGAGAGGGGCAGCCGCCCCGGACGCCCUCGAAAGAGAGGGCGCCGAACGGCAGGCCCUGGCAGGUUGGUUGGACAAUAUAAAGCGGGAAUGAAGACAAUUUGA